AUGGAACUUACCAGUGAUUUGAUAGCCAUUCAAAGUAUUUUGGCAAACCUAAUAAAAAAUACUGGCGACUUUACAAGGGUGAACUAUAAAGGAGGCAAUGAAGACAUUAUCAUGACAGUAAUGAUAGAGAUACAAACAUUCCUGAAAUCAAAAAACUAUAUUACAAAAGACAACAAACCUAAUGAAAUGUUUAAUAAAGAACUAGAAGAUAUAGUCCUCUUUCUUGCAUUAAACACUACUUUUAAAACAUCUCUGACACUAGACGAUUACUCUCAUCUCCUAAAUAUUACACCUCCUUUAUCUAAAUGCCUGUUUGUUAAUGUUGUGUAUGGCUUAGAUUUGUGUAAAUAUUAUUGCAACGUUAUUGAUAUAUUCCCAAUCAAAUUUAGUGUACAAUUAUUAGAUGAGGUACUGCAGUGUUUGAAAAAAUCAACCCCAAAUGUUCAACUGGUAUAUACUAAUAUGUUCUUAAAAGCAGCAGCUAAAAAACUGGUUAAUACAAGUUACUGUACAGAGGUAGAAGAUGACAUAGACAGCUUAUGCGAAGUUAGUAACAUGAUAUUAUUUAAUUUAUCAGGAAUAAACUCUGACCAAUUAAAAAAUUUAAAUCAAGACAAAAUUUAUAAACACAUGGGAUUCUGUCUUCUAACUCUAUUCGAAUUGUUGCUGCAAUGCGACAAAAAUUGUUUAAGCUUAAAAAAAUUUAUAACAUAUGUAAUAAAAACUUGUUCUGCUAUUAUUCAAAAUGUUACUCUGAAUGUUUUCUGUACUUGGGCAGAGAUCAAUAUAGACGAUGAAAUUCUUCAAAUAGCUGUAGCAAAUAAAGCUUAUUUAGUUUUACAAACUUACCAGAAAUACCCUGAAGCUUCCGAGUUAAUUAGCAUGUUGGGUAUUUUAGCCAGAAAGCCCAAAUCUUUGACUGAACAAAUCUAUGAAGCAGAUAUUAAUACAAUCAUUAAAAAAAUUAAUAAAAAGGAUCAAGAUCAAACCAGUUGGUUUAGGGCUCUACUAAAAACCCAAAUUUUUGAAAAUAAAAAAGCUCUAGAAUGUGUCAGAACAUGGUCGCAUUUGUGCAAUGAAAAUGACGUGUCCGUUCUCCUAAACUGGUGCAUUAAACUGCACACCGAAGAAUCUGUCAGUGUUUUCAUACGAUGCGCCUCAAAUCUGACAUUAGAAGAAUUGAAAAUCGUAGCAACUUCACACUUUUACAAAAAUAAAUUUUUAAAUUUAGCCACAACAGACGUCGAAGAAAAUUUAACUCGUAUGUUAAAUAAAUUCAAAGAAGAUGCAGACAUGGAGAAUGAUUUAACGAAAGACGUGCUUAUUCUUUUUAUACAGCAACCUGAAGUCGUACUUAGUUAUUUAUAUAAGGAAUGCUUGAAAAAUAAUUUUUAUUUAAAAAUUUUAACGGGCACUUUCGAUUCUAUAAAAGAAAUUGUUAAAAUUAUUGAUAUGGGCUCUAAUGUUUUCUUAAAUGUUGCUCGAGAUAACGCACCAAAUUCAAAUAAUCUAAAUAACUACAUUGAAUUAUUGAAGACUCUUAAUGAAAUACAUUAUUUUACUAAUGACGACAUAUUAUUGAAAAUUUUGAACAGCAUGUUGAACAAAUGUUACUGCGAUAAAUUGUUGGAAGAGUUGGAUCUUGUGCUUCAAAUGUUUUUAGGAAUUUCGUUACCCCUUCCCCUGACAGAAGAUACUUUAGAAUUAACGAAAUCAUUUUUAAAUAUCAUGAAUGAAUUUAGAUGUAAAUUUUUAAAUUUCGUUGGUAUUAAACAACAAAUAGCUAAACAUACCGUUGAUAUAUGUUGCGAUAUUUGUAAGCCUACCUAUUGUUUGGAAAUGGAAAUACAUAUUGACAACGAAGAUGAUUUUACUCGAUAUUAUAAACUAUCGAUGAUUUCUGGUCGGGAAAAAUCGAUUUUUCAAAGUCUUUGUACUGAUUUCAACAUUAAUAAUUAUGGAAAUUGUCUGAAUACUUUGUUAAAGGUAUUACCUCCUGCGGUCAAUAGAGAAUGGUUAGAAAUAACCCAAGAAAUAAUUCACCUGUAUGGAAAUGACAAAUGCCUAGAACUUUUGACAGACACUAUUAUACUUUUAUCUCAAUUGGUAGAAACGCAAGACGUAGAUCAAAACAAAUCGAUAUUUAUGGCUCUAAAGUAUGCUAUUCAGAAUUAUGGAUUAGCAAUACAGCAGAAGUUUUUGCUGAACUCAGAGUUGGAUACAGAAAUCAGUAUUAACAAACAAAUUUGUAGACUGUUGGCGAAAUUACCGGCGUCCAUAAAAGAAGAGGAAGGUCUGUCUUUGGUAAACGUUCUCACGGACAGAUCCCUGAAAGCUUUAGCUAAAGACAAAGAUUUUCUUUGUCAACUGAUUAUAAUAAAAAAUAAUCGAAUUUGCCAAGUAUUAGCUCAAAAAAUUAAGGAAUGA